GGAAAUCUGUGACUGAAGUUCAUCAACUGCUUUCUUCAACAAGUGCUUCCUUAUGCAUGUGCACUUGCUGUUGCGUCACUCACACACUCACACACUCAGCGAGGCUGGAAAAGAGUGUGUUUUUCUCGUUUUUAGUUUCUGUUCAGUGAUGACAUAGAACCAGAGUUAUGCCAAAGUUGGAUCAUUAACUGUGGCUCCGGUGGAUAAAUCAUUUCUUUCAGCUCUUUGGUGGAGAGAGAUGGACAAGGCGUCGCAGCGAGCGCAGGUGAAUGUGGAGCAGCCGCUGUCUCCAAACAGACGGAGAAGUUUCGGCUUCUCAUCUCUCCGCAUCAAAAAAAGACACAACAGCACUGACGAGGGUGAGUUUACGCAGCGGAGAGGGCUGCUGUCGUUUUCUUCAGUCCGGGAGACGUCAAGGAAGGAGCCUUCAUCAGAUGAUGAUGGUGGUGCUUCUCAGCGACAAGGCACUCGGGAGCAGAUGAAGACAGGUGAGCAGCCCAGAGGCAACCUCAUCUCUGAUGUCCCUGGGAAACUCAGUUCCAUCCCACCAGGGGAAGAUGAAGGUGGACGACAAGGGGCCCUCAAGAGGUUCAGUGCCAUGUGGUCGUCCUUCCGCAGAGGCAGAAAAGAGAAAGGGAAAGAACUGGAGCCCCCAGAACCAGAAGGCCCAGCAGCGGCAGAAAACUCAUCCCGACAGCAACGCUACGCCAGUGGCCAGUACUUCUUUGAGUAUCUGGUGGUGGUCAGCCUCAAGAAGACCAAGGACGACAGUAGCUAUGAACCCGAGAUCACCUACCAGUUUCCCAAGAGGGAUGGGAUGGCCAGACGUCAGAAGGAGGAGGAAGAGAAGACGCUCAAAGCGAUCACACUGUUCUGUUUCCCAGAGGGCAUCAACUGGGCUCCUCUGACAGAAUACCACAGCGAGACCUUCUCCUUCGUUCUGACUGAGAUUGACGGCAGCAGAAGAAAUGGAUACUGCAGGAGGUUACUGCCUGGAGGGAAAGGAGCCCGUGCCCCUGAGGCGUACUGCAUCAUCAGCAGUCUGGCUUGUUUCGGCCUUUUCUCCAAGAUAUUUGACGAGGUGGAGAAGCGGCGGCAGAUCUCCCGGGCUAUGAUCUACCCAUUCAUGCAGAAGCUGCGGGAGGCCCCAUUCCCAGCUCCGGGACACACUGUGGAGAUUAAAAGCUUCAUUCCGGAGUCGGGCACUGAGAUCAUCAGUCUGACUCGCCCACUGGACUCGUGGCUGGAACACGUCAACUUUGCCACGCUGUUCGGCUGCCUGACAGAUGAGGAGGUGUUAGUGGUGUUUGCCGCCGCUGUCCUGGAGAGACGCAUCAUCUUCAUCGCAGAUGAACUGGGCACCUUAUCCCAAGUCAUUCACGCAGUCACAGCCCUCCUUUACCCCUUCACCUGGCAGCACACCUUCAUCUCCAUCGUCCCCGAGAUCCUGAUGGAUGUAGUGAUGGCACCAACGCCGUACCUGCUGGGAGUCCAGAAACGCCUGCUGGACCUGGUCAUUGAUCAGAGUGAUAUGCUAAUGGUCGAUUUGUCAGAAGAUAAGAAGGAUACUUUCCUUUAUUCUAUUGGUGAUGAAAGCUCUAUUCUACCCCCGAAGCUCCAAGCAGAAAUACUUGAGUCUCUGAGUAAAAGACAAAAAGCGUCAACGGUGGAGGAGCUGAACCGGGUGGUGUACGAGGCCUUCCUGCAUUUCUUUGUGAGAACAGUCGGCCAUUAUGCGUCGUACGUGAAGUACAGUGGAAAAGAGCCGGGCGUGUUUGAGAGGAGGAGCUUCUACAAGGCCAUCGAGUCCAAGACGACUCGACACUUUGUCAAGAAGUUCAUCCAGACGCAGAUGUUUGACCUGUUUAUCCAGGAUGUGGAGCAGCAGCAGCCUGGACCUCAGCAAGGCGUAUUUCACAAAAAGAUCCUUGAAUACCAGGAGAAGAAGAAAAGGGACAAGGGGAAGAAACACUAACUCUCUGCAGGGAUCACUCGUGUAUAUACAGGAGUACAUAGGAAAAGAUGUAAAUGUUGUGACUUGUGUAUUUUUUUAAUGUCUCGUGUUGGUUUGCUUUUAAAUAAUGUUUGUAACAAUGUGUGUGUGUGCGUUACUGUAUGGUUAACUUGCUGCUACUCUGUGAAACACUGGGAGACUUGAGCGUCACAUGUUGGUCCUCAGGCUGUGGAGAAAGUGUGUCGCUGAUGACGAGCAGGAAAAUCAUUUCAAAUAAAGAUGUAGUUUUUGUUUUUUUUCUUAAAAAGUCCACGUUCCUAUGAUGUCUUAUUUUUAGACUCUGUUAUCCCAGAAUUCCUCUCUGUGCAAUGACCCCUGAGGGAUAAUAUAUGAGCCCAACUGUGCUGCAUGACGCUUUAAUAUACAUCAUCCAAAAGCAGCUCAACGGCUCAAUCUGUUGUUUUUGUUUGAUUUUAUCGUUGACAAAUGACACAUUGAGAUGAUUGAGCUACAGUGUUGACUGAAUCUUUUUUAUUAUUGUGUCAUGAAUAAGUACGAGUAUGUCUAGCCCCAAAUGGGCUUAUAAGACACCAUUAUUUAAACAUACAGACCAGCAACAAAGAGAAGAACACAAAUCACAGCAAACUAGAAACAAACUUGUAUACAUUUAAACAUCCAUUCUACUCUGUCGUCAUCAGUACACGAGAAUAUUUCUGGGUUUUCAUUCAGUGAAGGUGUUUUUAGAUCAUCGUAGAGAGGACGAUACAGAAGGAGUGACUCGUUCUCAAUUUCCCCUCAUGAACAUUUUUAAAUCAAUAAAUAUGUUGUUGGGGAGGGGGAAGCAACAUAAAAGCACACAUUUAGAUAGGUUGUUCAAAAAUGAAAUAUUUUAAUGAGGAGGAUAAAUCUGUAUUAAUCUAAAAAUAACAGGAGGAAUAAUAGGUCAUGCUUAAUUUGAAUUUAAAAGUUGAUGUUAAUAAAACAAAUAGCAUAACAGCAACAUAUUUUAUAUACAUUAAUGUAUUUACAUGUAAAUGAACUGGAUAUUAUUAUUAGUGUUAUUAUAAUUAGGGAUGAGUUGAUCUGAUACAGAACAGGAAAAAAAGACUAAAUCCGAUAUGAUCCAAACAUCUUUUAUAUCUCACGCUUCUCUUUGCACAGACUGUAAAAAUGUAAAUAAAAAGCAGCAGCAUUUUUA